AUGGUUGGCUUCAAUGUCCGAAAGGUUUUGGACAAGCAGACGCAAGUCGUGCUCUUUAGCUCCACGGCAAUUGCCCUGUAUGGGUAUGAUCAAGGCAUGAUGUCCCUGAUCAACACGAACAAGUCGUACCUCUCCACCAUGGGGAUCACUGAAGAGUCACCAAUUGUUGGCGUGAUCGUGUCGAUAUACUAUCUUGGCUGUGCGGUAGGAGCAGUACUUGCCUCCAAAUUUGCAGACGUCAAAGGCCGACGGCCUGGAAUCUUUGCCUGUCUAGCAACAGCCAGUGCUGGGAAUUUGCUUAUGUUCGUUGCUGGUUUUGGUAAGAUGGGCCAGAGCUCUAAUCUUGCCCUGGCCACAAUGCUUGUGGGCAGAAUUGUGAUGGGUCUAGGAGUUGGUGGCAUUGAUUCUGUUGUCCCGGUUUACAGCAGCGAGCUCUCUUCCGAUGACCAGCGAGGUACAGCUCUCGCUCAGGAAUUUCAGGCCAACAUUUUCGGGUUGAACAUGGCUUUUAUUGUUAAUAUUAUUGUCACACAUCGACUGGGCAAGUGGGAUCAAUGGGCAUGGCGGACGCCCAUCAUCGCCAUGCAGAUAUACCCAGCUUUGCUUUUCGCGGGAGCAAAUCUGCUCCCAGAGACUCCUCGUUGGCUCGUUUUCAACGGUGAUGAAGAUCGAGCAAAAAAGUCCAUCGCACGAGUAUUUGGGAAGGACGCCGUUGACGACCGAAUCAAGGAGCUUCGCGACGCACAGAAACAGGAGGAAGAGGCCGGGUCCGUCAGCUAUGCAGACAUGUUGCUGCCAUCGGGCUCUCAAUUUCACCCUACUAUCAUUACCAUCAUGGGACAAGUCAACCAGGCCCUGACGGGCUAUGGAGCGGUCUCUGUCUAUGGCCCACAAAUCUUCGAGCUCCUCGGCUUCGGUGUCACCGAGAGUGAGUAUAUCACACUUGGAAACUACCUCUUCUACUUCAUGAUGAUGACGCUCGCAUGGGUGCUGAUCGACCGCGUCGGCCGCCGCAGACUCAUGCUGCAAGGUGCACUGUGGCUGAGCAUAUCCUUUGCGCUCCUGACUGUCCUGGGUGGCCUCGCGUCCAACCGGCAGCAACUUUCGAUCCCGCGCCUCGCCACAGGCAUCCCCAGCAUCAUCGUCUUAUAUCUCGCGACCUCAGUGUUCGGCAUCGGCUGGCUCGUGCCCCCCUGGCUGAUUCCGACAGAGAUCUUCCCAUCGACAGCACGCGCCCAGGGCGCAGCGAUCUCCGUUGUGAUCUGGGGCCUGGCGAACUUCGCGGUCACGCUGCUCACGCCCAUUGGAUUCAACAAUCUCAAGUAUUUCCUGCUGCUCGUCUUCGCGGCUACCAACGCCAUCGCAUGGGUUCUCACGUACCUGUACUGUCCGGAAACUGGGAAUCGCACGUUCGAGGAGAACCAGGAGUUUUUCUCGGCGGCCGCGGAGAAGGGGUCUUGGAGGGUUGCGAAGGUCGAUGGUGGUGGCUACAGGACUCUUCCGAAGGGGGGUGAUGAUGGGCACGAGGAGAGCGAAACGAGUCCGUUAUUAAGAGGUCGGGAGUGA